UCGGGGUCACGCGCCUGCGCAGAAGCGGCUUUCUCUCUCCGCUCCCUCAGCUUCGGCCCGGCUUCGUUCGCGGUCGGCCUCGCGCGCUUCUCCCCCUUCCGUCGAGCCAGCGAAGCCGGGCGUCGUCGGCCAUGGCGGACACGGCGCAGAACGGGCCCAUGCAAGGCGGCGCCGGCGGCGGAGCGGUGCAAUUUCUGAUGAGUAACAAGUUGGACACGGCAAUGUGGCUUUCUCGGAUAUUCACAAUUUAUUGUUCAGCUUUAUUUGUCCUUCCUCUUCUAGGGUUGCAUGAAGCAGCGAGCUUUUACCAGAGGGCUUUGCUGGCGAAUGCACUCACCAGCGCCCUGCGUCUCCACCAACGGCUGCCACAUUUCCAGCUAAGCCGGGCGUUCUUAUCUCAAGCCUUGUUGGAGGACAGUUGUCACUACCUUCUCUAUUCUCUCAUCUUCGUUAAUUCCUACCCUGUCACAAUGAGCAUUUUCCCCGUCCUGUUGUUUUCGCUGCUUCAUGCUGUGACCUACACGAAGAAAGUUCUCGAUGCACGGGGGUCAAAUAGCCUUCCAUUUCUAAGAAAUCUGUUGGACAAGUUAAACGCUAAUCAGCAAAACAUCUUAAAAUUUAUCGCCUGCAACGAAAUCUUCUUGAUGCCGGCUACCGUGUUUAUGCUUUUCAGCGGUCAAGGAAGCCUGUUGCAGCCUUUCAUUUACUACAGAUUUCUCACACUCCGUUACUCUUCUCGCAGAAAUCCUUACUGCCGGACCCUCUUCACGGAACUGAGGAUCGUGGUUGAGCAUCUCGUAAUGAAACCAUCAUGCCCUCUGUUCCUGCGAAGGCUCUGCGUCAGCAGCAUUUCUUUUAUAAGCAGACUGGCGCCCACAGUUGCGUAGCCCACCCUGGAAACCCCGCCUGCGUCUCUCUCUCUUCCUCCCUCCCUCCCUCCCUCUCUAAUGAACAUUCUGAGCAGCUGGAAUUUCUGCUGGCGAUUUAUAUAAAUACAGGAUCUCAGUCAAGGUUGUAUAGAAAUGGUUCCUUCUAAGAAUCUGUUUUGUGGAGUGUUAUCUAUAUGGGUUGUUUUCUUUCUUUUUUUUUUUUAAAGAUGUCUGUUUUUCUUUUCUCAAGCCGAUGUUUCUGUAUUUUGUGGAUGAUGAAGGCCUCUCACCUUAGCCACCAUUUCAUCUUUAGGCGAGCCUCAGUCUGUGUCGUACAAUACGGUUUAUGUGGUCGUGAUCUCAGUAAUCCCGAAGGCAAAAAUUGUUGUCUUCAAACCAAGAAACUAUGUCAGGCUGUUCCGUCUGGAUUGUGUCGUUAACAAACUACGGUUUGAUAACUCCUUGGGCUUUGCAUUCCAAAUACCUUCCCUAUGCGGUACAUUUGAAUCAGUAUUCCUUCGGUGAAUAAAUGCAAGUCGAUUAAACCAUACCACUCAACACCAAAAUUCACUUGGCAUGUUUGUUCCGAACAUGAACAAUCGGGCUAAACAUUUUAACAGUGUCCUCCUGAUUUAUUUAAAUGCUUUUGAAAUGGAAACCCUUCGCCCUUUCUCCAGCCGUAUCUUUUUAUUACCCUUGGUACAAUAUUUCUUUCUGCUUACCCAAAUGCCCUCUGACUUCGGCCUCUCUUCCGAAACCGGGAUUCUUUAAAAAAUGCCAAUCUGCGACACCUUGGAAUAAUAAAGAUGGAUGUUGUGUUGA